GACCGGUCAGACCUUCGGACCUCCGUCGGCAUGGCCGCAGCCGUGAUGACAUUGGACAUCCCGGAAAUACAGGUGAUAGUUGAAUAUGCUGCUGACCCAAACGCCUUUUAUUGGCACCACAGGGUAUUGCUGCACAAGCUGGCCAAUGGCAUCUGGCUAGCACUCACGCCGGAUAUGGACGUGGUCCGCCAUGACCUAAACAACCAGAAUCACAUCGUUCUAGAGAGAAAUUCUUAUUUCCCUCGGGCUCAGGCACCAUAUGUCUACGCGAUGGACCCUGUCUCCCGAGCUGUGCUUGAAUCAAAGAAGAGAACGGCGCGGAACCAAGCCAUUGUCUUGGGAGAUGAGGACAUGAUUGACAUCGCUCAGACUGUGUGGCUGGUAGCACAGCCAGGCCACCCGAGUUUUGGUGAGACAAUUCCGCGAGAUGUGGUGGAGGACAAUCAGAUUUCCAUAGUGUUUGAGUCAAAGGGGGUGACCCUGAGGGAUGGUGAAGAGGUCUUCAUACAGAUGAUGCAGGCUUCAGAAGUUGAAGAAUUCAAGAAGGGGCAACAGAGUGAAGAGCAAGAUUCUCGCAUCCUAGGAGUGCACACGGACAAGUCAGGCAAAAGACGCUUGGAGUUGGAUGACGGACUCUUGCUGAUGAGAGAAGACAAGAUGGACGACUUCCCCCUGGGAGGUGACAUUCGAGCAGUCAAAGAGUUCCUUGAGGCAGUGUUAGAAGGGCCGGGAAACCUACCUCGCUACCACGUAGACUGGCAGCGGUUGAGUGGGAUCUCAGACACAUCAAGCAUCAGCUUCGCGCACAAGCAUCUCUGUGAAAUGUUGCGAUUAAUGAUUUCCUAUGACCAGGUGAACCCAUGCAACUUGGCGAGCGCAGAGUAUCUAGUGAGGUGGUUGAUUCAGCUUGAGACUGCAGUUGAGAGGAAUCCUCGAGCUCCGUCCUUCCAUGGAUUGGAGCUGAUCAUGGGCGGCCCCACCACAGCCGAAGGAAAAGCAGUGACCAGAAAGUUCACCGAGCACUUGACAGCACUCCUCAAGACCCGUGCAUCCAUUUGGAAACAAGAGAGGCAAGGGUGGCCCGGGUCAUCGCACAGAGGGGACGCUCUGAUGGCCUGGGAAGGACAGUCCCCACUCAUAAGUGCAUGUGCUGAGACAGUGAGUCGAGACCGCCGACAUGGUGAUCCAUUUCCACUGCCUCUCCAAGCUAUGAAUUCAGUAGACCCCGAACCGGGGAUUCAACUACGCCUGCAGCUGAUGAACGAGGCUGUGAAGUCAGUCAACGGAUUGGCCGGCUCAAUGAUGAAUUCGCGCAAGUAUCCGAAGCGCUCACAUGGCUCUUGGUCACCCACCUUUGUGCAGCAAGUGGUCUUGAAGGACAUGGAGGAGAGAGUUUCAAAGUUCGCUUGCUGUCCACUCGAAAUGAGGGAGGAGGAUGCCUUGAAGGAACUGACCAAGAGCGCAAACCUGUAUUCGCAGGAGGCCAGCCACCUAGCCUCCUUUGAUGUGGGUCGCAUUAAGAUCUUCAAGAGGAGGCUGCGACCAAUGGACGCAUCGGCCCUUUGUCCGCCAAAUGUCAGGGAGAUGUUGAAGCACCAGGCUCAGUUCAUCGAGAAGACAGACGAAGAAAUUCAGCUUGGUGAGGUAACCGGGCCAGUGGAACCCUACUGGGAUCCGGUGUUGAAGAAAGACAGAGAGAAGAGGAAAGAGCUGUAUAUCGCCCUGUGGAACUCUGGAUUGCUUUGCUUUAGACGGCGUCGCAAGUCAACCAUUGGUUUUUUUACAGUUCACAAGAAAGACGGCACGCAGAGAUUGAUCCUUGACUGUAGAAUAGCAAAUACAUGUCACAAGAGACCGCCAACAACCAGACUGGCAACACCCGCUUCCUUCCGUGGAAUUGACAUGACCGAAGACACCUUCAGCAGUCGUGGCUUUGGGGGGAUCAUGGGCGAUGCAGCUGGAAAUGAGGGGGACGUCGGCGAUUGUUUCUACAAUUUUGCUAUUCCUGGUCUAGCUUCUUAUGUUGCCACCAGAGAUGCCUUUACCACUUGGGAGUUGGAGCGCAUUCCAAUGGGCUGGACAUGGGCUCUCCACAUUAGCAACGAGAUUGUCUCCUACCAGGUCAGCUUAGCAUUGCGGGGAUGCGUGUCUGGUGAGAUCAGAGACAAACAACCUGCGCCUGAACUUGAAAAAGGAGGCACGCUUGUGGGAACCUAUGUGGAUAAUGUCCAAGUCCUUGGGGGAAGCAAAGAAGAUGUGGACUCGCACAUGGAGCGCAUAGUAGCCUGGUUUGAGAAACUUGGCAUCCCCUUUACAACGGCAGGAGAAGAAGCUUUGGCUGAAGAUUGGAAGAAGAGAAAGAAACAAGAAAGUGGCAGUGUGGACAAAGAGGCCCGCGCAGACAAGACUCCAGAGAAGAUGGAGCUUGAGAUCAGUCCUUUGCAUGUAGAAGACAUGAGCAAUGACUCUGAGAACUUCGAGAACAAAACGGGAUGGAGCUUGCCAAAAGCACUUGUGGCUUAUCUACCUUUGGAAGAGGUGUCUGUUGAGCUCACAAUGUUCUGCGUAGCAGCUUUUAGAGCAUUGUCACGACUGGGAAGGUAUUGGAGUUUAGAGAACCCUGCGUCCUCAAGACUGUUCCAAUUCAGACCGGUUGUAGACUUGUUUGGGCUACCAGCAGUUCACCUUGUGACCUGGGACAUGUGUGCAUGGGGAGAACCUCACAAGAAGCCAACGUCGCUGUUGACAAACAUGACAAGUCUCAGCUCCUUGGCCCAAAGAUGUAGGCGAGAUCAUCCUCACCGUUUGCUGUCAGGACAAGAACCAUAUAGAACGGCCGAUGGCAAGCUGAAGUGGAGAAGCAAGACAUCGGCAGCGGGCGAAUACCCUCUAGGCCUGUGCCGCGCAUGGGCACUGGCCGCUAGGGAGAAUGCCCCUAGCGCUGCGUGGCAAGCGGACGCAAGAGAGUUCGCAACAGCUGUACACCAACGCUUGCAAACGAUUGCUGGCUCCUGGCGUCGACCGCUCGGGGGAGACGAGACUAAGAAUCGCCCGGACAUCCAGCCAUCUUCGCAGCCACUCUGCAGAGCGAAAGCCUACAAGCAGCCCAUCAUCUUCGGCCAACACACCAAGGCCGAGGCAGCAUGGCUCCGCUCUCAAGGCGCGCAGCCAGCACUCACACGAUUGCCGGUGCCUGAAGAAGUGGUUUUUGCCUUGGGUACACAACUCUUACGUCAAGGUCAUGUGCAUACAGCUAUAGCCAUGGGUUUGCAAUAUCAUACUUAUAUGAGACCAUCCGAGGUGAUAACACUGCAACACCACCAACUCUGUCCUCCAGUCAAAAAGACACUCAACGCGUACAAUCACUGGGGCGUUGUGCUGGCACCGGAGGAGCUCGGCACAACAACCAAAACAGGUGAGACGAAUGAGAGUUUGUUGAUCAACAGUGGAUACCACCCGUGGUUGCCUUCAGUUCUUUCGGCAGUGCACAUUCGCAACUCACGAAAAAGUGUUUUUCCUUCUUUGACCCUUGCUGUGUAUGAAAAGCAUUUCAAACAAGCUGUGGACGCUUUGGACCUGCCUUUGGACUUGACGCCUCACAUCAUCAGACACAGUGGACCUAGCAAUGACUUUUACCACCAGCGCAAAUCCAUUAAACAAAUCCAACGACAUGGACGUUGGGCGGCUGAGAAAAGCGUCAAGCGCUACAUGAAAAGCGCACUCAUCAUGCAAGCUUGGGCAAAGUUGAAUGACACACAGCAACAUAUGGUAGUACAGGCAGCUCGCGAAUUUCCUCAGUUGAUUCAACGAGCAGCUCGCGGUUGA